ACGGUAGCGACGACAACAACGGCAGCGACAGCGGGCCUCUCACCAUGCACCCACACCAGGCCACCUUCAAGCGCAACGCACAUGUCAACUACUUUGUGCGUUGCCUCGCGGCCCUUCCUACAGCUGCCGAAGGACACGAUUCAAAUCGUGUGACCAUCGCCUACUUUUGCUUAUGUGCCCUUGACGUCUUGAAUGCUUUGGGAGAGAAAACAACAGAAAGGCAGCGUGCAGAAUGGGCCGAAUGGAUAUGGUCUCUUCAAGUUUCGUCCGGAGGGUUCAAGGGGGCCACAUACAUGGACACGCCAAACCCCACCACAUCGCCGGCUCAUCUCCCUUCAACUUAUACCGCCCUCUUGUGUCUAGCUCUUCUUAGAGCACCGUUAGAUCGACUGAACAUUCCUGGACUAUUAUGCUUUCUAAAGUCAUGUCAAGCAGAAGAUGGAUCGUUCUCGCCUCUUCAGGCCGAACCAUACCUUUUGGAAGGCUUUCAGUCUGACGCUCGCAUGGCCUACAUAGCAAGUGUUAUAUCCCACAUAAUACAGGACCCUUCGGGCAUAAAUAUGCCUAAACUGAAGGACUGGAUCCGGACAUGCAGAACCUGGGAGGGCGGCUACGCUUCCAGACCUGGAGGGAUUGAGGCCCAGGGCGGGACGACCUAUUGCUCUCUGGUAGCCCUUUCCCUCAUGUCCGACUUUGAUAAAUCCCCAUCACCUUUGAACGACCGAAUCUUUCAAACUGAUACCUUGCGGUGGCUGGUCUCUAGACAGCUGGGAGGCUUCCAAGGGCGACCGGGGAAGCUCGAAGAUGUCUGUUAUUCAUUCUGGUGUGGAGGGGCUCUUUCCGUUUUGGGCCGAGACGACCUGAUUGAUCAUGAUGCCAAUAAGUCGUUUCUUCUAUCGGCGCAGUCGCCUUUGGGCGGCUUCGGAAAGGAGCCAGACGACUAUCCGGAUCCUUACCACUCUUACCUUGCUCUUGCUGCACUUUCAUUAUCACUGAAUCGCUUCGGCGAGGACAAAGAAAGCAACUUUCGUUUGAAAGCACUCAAUGUGAGAUGGAAUGUCAGCACUGAAACUGCAGAAUGGCUGCAGACAGAGGUCACUAGGGUCAAGGAACAAGAACGAUCAUGAUAAUGAUAACAACAUUUGCAUUUAUACCUAGCAUCCAACAAUGUUUAUCUAUGUAUAUUCACCAUUACAACAAUUCCACAUUCCAUCAUAAAGCUUUCUUCUUUCCUACCCAGAAUUCUCCUCUCACCGGCAAAUCCCCAACUUCGACCUCUCCCUUAACACCCUUCACCUGAACCUGCACAUCAGACACCCCUUCAACACCAGCUAAUGCUCCACCCUUGAAGAUUAUCUUGGUCACGAAUCCCGACAGAAUGCUAUCCCUCCCUGGCAAUAUGUCAAGAUCAACGUCGGACAAUGGUGCGCGCACUAUGAAUCGAUGUGGUGUGAAGGGGUCAGAGGAGCGGGUGGUAGUUGAAGGCAACCAUUUCGCCGGG